AGGUGUCGGGUGGUUGAUUCAGCCUGACGCCCGGAGACCCACACGGAGGCCCGGCAAGAGGGCUCCAGGCACCAGGCGUCCAGACCCGGGGACCGGACGGGACCCACACUGCCUCCCGACCCAGACUUUCUCCCAACAAGUGGUCGAAGUCGUCUGAGCCGAUGGCCGAGGACUCGACUGGAGUCACGGAAGGAAUAGCAGUCAUACUGGUCAGCUCCCAGUGUCCACCAGUAGAAGGCUGUGGCUGUACUGAUCAGCUCCCAGUGUCCACCAGUAGACUGUGGCUGUACUGGUCAGCUCCCAGAGUCCACCAGUAGAAGACUGUGGCUGUACUGGUCAGCUCCCAGAGUCCACCAGUAGAAGGCUGUGGCUGUACUGGUCAGCUCCCAGCGUCCACCAGUAGAAGGCUGUGGCUGUACUGGUCAGCUCCCAGUGUCCACCAGUAGAAGGCUGAGGUUGAAAUCGCCCCUUGCUGGAGGUGGGGGGGUGGGGGGGGGCAUGGGUACCCGGACCCCCGCCUCACACCACCCACGGUUACCAUGGAAACGGUGUGUCGCCCUGGUCCUGCUGCUGGUGCAGCUGUGCUGUGUACAAGUGGCGUCUCCCUGCAACAUCCUGCGCUGCAACUCGGACUUCGUGGCGGCAACCUUUGACCUGGGGAGCAGCAGCCUCGGCGGGGGCGGGGCCGGGCCGAGCGGGGGGGCGGGGCCGAGCCAUGGGGGGGGGCCGGGCCGGGGGGCGGUGAACGCCAGCUACUGCGGCGCGCUGCGCUCCUACGCCUCCUGCACGGCCCGCACGGCCCGCAGCUGCCGCGGCGACCUCACAUACCAUGCCGCCGCGCAGGGCAUCCAGGACCUGCUGGAGCAGCACGCCUGCCCGGGGGCGGGGCCCACCGCCCGGCCACGCCCCCCGGCCCCGGCGCCACGCCCCCCGGCCGGCGACGCCUGCGUCUACGAGGAGGGCUUCCUGCAGCGGGGGGCCCGGGCCCCGCGCUACGUGCACUGCGGCGUGUUCGGAGACCCCCACGUCCGCACCUUCGGGGACGACUUCCAGAGCUGCGCCGUGCGGGGGGCGUGGCCCGCCAUCGACAACGAGUACCUGUACGUACAGGUGACAAGCUCGCCCGUGAGGGGCGGGGCCAACGGACACUACACCGCCCUCACCAAGGUGACGGUGAUCCUCAAGAGCUGGGCCCCGUGCACGGAGCAGCUGCUCUACACGGCCGAGCUGGACAACGUCCCGGCCGCCUUCGCCGACGGCUCCGUGUCGGGGGGCCGGGGGGGCCGGGGGGGCCGCGGCCCGCUCAUCUCCUCCACGGACCCCGGCCGGCACGCCGCCAUCCACGCGGCGCACAUCGGCACGCUGCUGGUGGUGCGGCAGAGCGGCCGCUCGCUGGGGCUCUCCGUCCGCACGCCGCGCGCCGUCGCCCGCGCCUUCGCCCCCGAGCGGGACCUCCAGCUGUGCGUGUGGGGGUGCCCCCCGUCCCAGCGGCUGCCCCCCCCGGUGGCGGCGGGCCGUGGGGCGGCGGCGGCGGCCCACUGCUCCGCCCUGCUCCCGGUGCGGGACGUGUACCAGCAGGCCUGCGUGGCCGACCUCCUGGCCAGCGGGGAGCUCAACGCCAGCCGGGCGGCCGUGGCGGCGCUGGCCGACGCCAGGGGCAUGCUGGGAGGGGAGGCCCGGCUGCACCUGCUGCCCCCCCGCCCCGCCGCCACGCCCCCCCCGGUGCCCGCGGAGGCCGGCCCGCUUGUGGGCGUGGCCCUGGUCCGGCUUGGGCUCCUGGUCCUGGGGGUCCGAGCGGUCCUAUAGGUCUACAUGCGGGUUGCAAGACUUUUACCCACAAUGCAUCACAGAAGCCUGAGGUGUCCAUUGGAGGCGGGGGGGCACGUCCCAGGAACCACAAAGUCCUGACCAGAAGGACUCCAGCAGGACUGUAGCAGGACUCUAACAGGACUCCAGCAGGACUGUAGCAGGACUGUAGCAGGACUGCAGCAGGACUGUAGCAGGACUGUGGCAGGACUCCAGCAGGACUCCAGCAGGACUCCAGCAGGACUCUAACAGGACUCCAGCAGGACUGUAGCAGGACUGUAGCAGGACUGUAGCAGGACUCUAACAGGACUGUAGCAGGACUGUAGCAGGACUCUAACAGGACUGUAGCAGGACUGUAGCAGGACUCUAACAGGACUGUAGCAGGACUGUGGCAGGACUGUGGCAGGACUCCAGCAGGACUCCAGCAGGACUCCAGCAGGACUCCAGCAGGACUUUAGCAGGACUGUAGCAGGACUGUAGCAGGACUCCAGCAGGACUGUAGCAGGACUGUAGCAGGACUGUAGCAGGACUCCAGCAGGACUGUAGCAGGAUUCCGAAGGACUGUAGCAGGACUGUAGCAGGACUGUAGCAGGACUGUAGCAGGACUUGGUCUGUGAUCAGGAGGUCCAACAGAGGGUGGCUCCAGGUCAAUUGAUUGAAUCAAUUGGUUGAUUUCUUAAAGUUUUUGGAAUUAUUGUUAUCAUUUGUUUUACAAUUUUGUGAUUUAUUGUUGAUCGUUGAGGUCAUUUUUUCACUUGACACGAGGUGGCGAGGAUGUGUGUUGUCAUGGUAACCGGUGUUGACCACGGCAGGUUAUAAAUCAAUAUAAACUCAAA